ACCGGGGAGUUUACGAGGAGUGUAUAUUCGCUGAUUAGAAACUCCAAAUAUGACGAAGCGAUAAGAAUUCUGGAAUAUCAGAGGCAGGAGUUUCCUAAGUCACGAGCGUGUUUAUCACUACUGGGAUACUGCUACUACCAUUCAGAACAGUUCGAAAAGGCUGCCGACGUGUACAGCUACUUA